CAACUUUUCUUUCACCUUCAUCUCACUUUCGUGCCAGUACCUGUCUUUGAUACCGAAACUUCAUCUCCCAUUGAAUGAGGACAGUCCUCCCUGUUUGUUUGUUUUCCCGUUUGUUCGCUUGCGCGUGCAUGCUGCAAACGCAUAUUUCCACCGUUCUUGUCCCGGUCUCCCAGUCUCGAUAGCGCAGUAGUGUGAACCGGCAGGGGUUCUGCCUGCAUCUCACCUCACUUCAGCUCCCUGGCAUCGGCAUUUUCGGUUCCUUUCACCAAAGUCCGCACAAUCUUUCUUAGGGAAGAUCCAUCGAACACUUUGCUAGGUUGCUGCGAUUGUCACUUUGAUCUGUUACAUUCAUCCAGAUACUGGCCUUCAACGGUUUUGCGUCAACUACGCAGUGAUCAUGCCUCGAGGUCGCCCCGCUGCCCGGGGAGCAUCCACCCCAUCCUCCGCAGCAAAUGAUUCCAGAGAUGCUUCAUCCACCGGGACUGGCCGCUUAACCCGGUCAACAUCUACUAGGAACCUGGCUACUCUACCUGCUACGGCUGUUGCUGAUGCUGCGGAAACUCCAAGCACUUCUGCUCCUGGGGAAAAGCGUCCAAGAGGUCGUCCUAGAAAGACAACACUGGAUGUAGGCAAUGCCGUUUCCCCUGCCACUGCACCUACUAGAAGAGGUCGUGGAAGACCAAGCCGGGCUUCGCUACUUGGCAGCGAAUCGGUUUCCACAGCCCCAACCCCAGUGGAGGGCUUAUCUGAAAGCGAAUAUUCGACACCGGGGACCAGCAUGGUGCCCACGCCCGCUGCUACUGAUCUGAGCAAAUCUUCCUCAUCGUUGGAGGUGCAUCUUCCUGGGCCAUCCCGCCAACACGCCCCAGACAGGGAGCGGGGGCUUCGAAACAGCAUGUACUCCAUGAAGUCCGCUCCAAAGAGCAAGAAGAACGAGAUUGGCGACACGGAUGACGAGGAGGAAGGAUUCUCAGACACAUCCCCAGAUGCAAAGGUAGCUCGUCGACUCCAACAAGAGGAGUUCGCAAAGGCCAACAAAGCUGCCCCGCCAUCGCUGCCAGCACGUCGCAGAAACACGCGAGCUUCGGUCUCUGCCUCGUCCCCAGCUCCUCCUAAAGCACCUGUCACCAAGCGAGGCAGGCCCUCGACUGGCUCCAUCAGCAAGGUUAAUCGCCCACCAAAGAAAGCCAGAGUCAUUGCUGACUCUGACGAUUCUGAUAUCGACAUGGACGCUGAAGUGGCUGCUGCAGUUGGCCUUGGCGAUGCUAUGUCUGACCUUGACUUCGAAGCCGAGACGGCUUCCAUUGCAGAGAAAAAUGAGGUCAGCGAUGAUGACGAUGCCGAGGAUGAUUCGAGCGAAGAUGACGCACCAUUAGCAAAGAGGCCUGGGAGAACUAAACCGGCACCGCGAACUUCUGUAGGAAAGGCGAAGCCCCUCCUACCCAUCUUACCAGGACCUUCUGCUGCCAGUGCGAGUGAGGACUUGUCAGACAUACUCAGUGACCCUGGAAUGGAUGCCGUUGCUAGUGGCUUCUCGGAAAUCUCCUCUGUGGCUAGUGGCCUGAGCUCUGCCGAUAAUAGUGACAGCGGCGUUGAUCGGGACCUGGAAACUCUGCGGAGAAUCGCUCGAGAACGACGGGCUUACCGAAGACCGGGUAACAAUGGGCGCCUUAAGAAGGAGCGUGACCGUCUUGAGGCAAACCACCCCGAGAUCAAGACCAUGUGGCAGGACCUGGAAAAUAUGCCCGUUCUCAAAGCUGGCAUGGCACCCCAACCUCAGACAAUAUCUCGACAGCUCAAACCAUUUCAGUUGGAGGGUCUUGCGUGGAUGACGGCCAUGGAGAAGACCGAGUGGAAGGGUGGUCUUCUCGGAGAUGAAAUGGGCCUCGGCAAGACCAUUCAAGCCGUCUCGCUCAUCAUGUCGGAUUACCCCGCCAAGCAACCCUCCCUUGUUCUUGUGCCCCCUGUUGCCUUGAUGCAGUGGCAACAAGAGAUCAAGUCUUACACAGAUGGCACUCUGAAGACGUUUGUUUACCAUGGUACAAACCAAAAGACCAAGAGCAUGACCGCCAAGGAGCUCAAGAAAUACGAUGUAAUAAUGAUGUCGUACAACAGCCUUGAGUCGAUGUACCGAAAACAGGAGAAGGGGUUCAAGCGAAAGGACGGCAUAUACAAGGAAAAGAGCGUCAUCCACUCCAUCACUUUCCACCGAGCAAUUCUUGAUGAGGCUCACUGCAUCAAGACGAGAACUACAAUGACUGCCAAGGCAUGCUUCGCACUCAAGACCAACUUCAGAUGGUGUUUGACGGGAACACCCCUUCAGAACCGAAUUGGAGAAUUCUUCUCCUUGGUUCGGUUUCUCAAUAUCCGUCCCUUUGCAUCCUACCUCUGCAAGCAAUGCCCUUGUUCUACUCUUGAAUGGUCCAUGAAUGAGGACAGUCGCUGUAGCCAAUGCAACCAUGCGGGUAUGCAACAUGUGUCCGUCUUCAACCAGGAGCUUCUCAACCCCAUCCAGAAGUUCGGAAACCUUGGCCCAGGGCGAGAGGCUUUCAGAAAGCUUCGCCUAAUGACAGAUCGCAUCAUGUUGCGUCGGCUGAAGAAGGAUCAUACCAACUCAAUGGAGCUUCCUGUCAAGGAGAUUUAUGUCGAUCGCCAGUUCUUUGGAGAAGAAGAAAACGACUUUGCCAAUAGCAUCAUGACCAGCGGUAAGCGCAAAUUCGAUACUUAUGUCGCCCAGGGUGUGCUUUUGAACAACUACGCCAACAUUUUCGGUCUGAUUAUGCAAAUGCGACAAGUUGCCGAUCACCCAGAUCUCAUCCUCAAGAAGAAUGCCGACGGUGGCCAGAACGUUCUGGUAUGCUGCAUCUGUGACGAACCUUCCGAAGAUACGGUUCGUAGCCGAUGCAAGCACGACUUCUGCAGGGCAUGCGUCGGUGGUUAUGUCCGUUCAACGGCUGAACCUGAUUGCCCACGGUGCCACAUUCCCCUAUCAAUCGAUCUCGAGCAACCUGAGAUCGAACAGGACGAGAAUCUGGUAAAGAAGAACUCCAUCAUUAACCGAAUCAAGAUGGAGAAUUGGACUUCCUCGUCAAAGAUUGAACUACUUGUGCACGAGCUUCACAAGCUCCGCUCUGAUAAUGCGUCUCACAAGUCCAUAAUCUUCUCUCAGUUCACCACAAUGUUGCAACUCAUUGAGUGGCGCCUUCGCAGGGCUGGAAUCACUACAGUUAUGCUUGACGGAAGCAUGACUCCUGCCCAACGACAGGCCUCUAUCGAGCAUUUCAUGACAAACGUCAACGUGGAAUGCUUCUUGGUCUCGCUCAAGGCUGGUGGUGUGGCGCUCAACCUCACAGAGGCAUCGCGAGUGUUCAUUGUUGACCCAUGGUGGAACCCUGCGGCCGAAUGGCAGUCUGCUGAUCGAUGCCAUCGCAUCGGGCAGACCCGACCCUGUACCAUCACCCGUCUAUGUAUUGAGGACUCCGUCGAGAGCCGCAUGGUUUUGAUUCAGGAAAAGAAGACAAACAUGAUUCACUCGACUGUCAAUGGCGAUGACAAGGCGAUGGACUCUCUCAGCCCCGAGGACAUGCAGUUUUUGUUCCGUGGCUCCUGAGUCACCCAAUGGUAUCAUGUCUUCCUUAUUGUAUCGUGUUUUUUCGUUCCGAUGCCGUUAAUUUGGCAUGAUGAGGGGUUGUCUUAAUCUGCUGUUUGUUCUCGAAAUUACAAGCAUUAUUCUUGAUCCCCUGUUCGGGUGAUAUACACGACUGGGUAACGGCUCAAUUGGCAUUGUGCCCAUUGAGAACGGGUGCGGUUAGGGGAGGCGCGCAGGAGUUCAGCGAGGGACUUCGCACAGGAGAUUGGCCUCUAGCUGGGGCAAUCAAUUAUGACAUGUUGUCAUUGAAGGCAUAUUCGCCUUCGUGUAUGUAUAUUUGUCAGUCAACAAACGGGAAUAUCACGUCUUCAACUUCGAAGCAUAGAGGUGGCCGAAUGUCACCAUCCGAAAUGACAUCUCGUGUUCUAAUACGAAACUCUCCAGAGGACACUUGUUUGUAGACACGUAGGUCAAUCUGUUGGCUAGUAACUAGGG